AUGUUUAUCCUGGAGAAAAAGUCGGACAACCUGGAGAAAAGGUUGGGCAACCUGGUGAAAAGCAUGGAAUCUUCAGAAGAUGAUUUCCUGUCCGCGGAUUGUGUUCAAAAGAAAGUGGAAAGUAUUGGAUACCAACAAAUGCAUCCAGUAACGGACUCACAUCUUGGAGAAUUUAUGGAAUAUCUUUCGAAGAAUAUGAAUGUGAAAGAGUGCCAGCAGAUGACUGAGAAUAUACAAAAAUUUUUUCAUGCCCUCAAGGAAUCAGGACUGUCUUUACAAGCAAGAAUGAGGUAUCUAAAAUGCAUCCAGCGAUUCACUGGAUGGCUGACAAAAUUACCCAGCAUUAAGUCUGAAGGAGACUCCUUAAUUACCAGCCUACAAGGUGUCAAUGGCUGGCUGACUGCAUGGUCUAGACACGAUCUUGGUGAUGGUUCUGAGAGACCGAAAAAGUCUGUGGAAGAGUGCCAGGUGUUGCUCCGGGUUGCGGCAAAUGAUUUUAAGACUGCCAUCCAGCAAAAUGGUGACAUCCAUCCAUCAGACUAUAUUUUGGUUUUAAACUAUCUAACGGCUCUUUUGUCACUGAAGCAUCUGCAAAGAAGAAGUGUCAUUGAAAAUUUUAAAGUUGAAGAAUGGGCUACUGGGGUUGAAUUGAGGCUUGAUGAGAAAAGGUUUUGGACAUUCUACGUCAAAGAAAGCCAAGGUGACGGCCGAGAAGCGAAAACAGCACAGCCAGCAGCCUUUUGUUUAAAUGAAGAGGAACACAUGUGGUUCCAGAUUUAUUUUGAUCAGUUUCGCCCAGCAUAUGCAGACAAGAAGGAUGCUCACACGGAGUUUUUCUUCCUUUCGACUAUGGGCAGGAAAAUUCAUAACGCAGCAAAUGAUUUGAAUCGUAUACACAGAAAGUACAAACUUGGUGUCAACACAGCUGGAGAAGCAAGACGAGCUAUGAUAGCUUUCGUAAAAUCAAGGCUAGAAGGGCCUGAUCUGGACUUGACUGAUAAUUAUCUAUCACAUUCUGGGAAUGGUGUUGGCAAGUUUUACCAGUUCAGUCAACCAAUCAAUGUUUGCCGGGCGAUGUUGUUAAUCACUGGAGAAACGUUUUUUGGGGUGAGAUGCGAGUCUAGAUCUGGCAUGGUUCUGUCCGGUGAACAGCCUGUUCCUUUUACAGCUCAGCAGCCCUCACUCAAACCUGAUGUGUCAGCAAGGAACAUUCCUGCUGCACAUUAUGCAACGACUAAUGGGGACCUUGCCAAGGCCUUUGACAAACUGAUUGAAGUUCACCCAGUGACAUUAGAUGGGAAACCUCCAAGCAAAACUUUGUCAACUCAGUUCUUCAUGAUUAAACCGAAGUCAUUGAUCGACAAAUGGGCAUACGCCCAAAGAGCUCUGCGUGUGCAGCACAUAAAAGGCCCCCGGAGCCAACAUAAGAAGGCCAAGGGCGUGAAAAAGGGAGUUGUGGAAAAGCACAUCCGCCAUAAGCAGUACAAAGAGGCCCUCUUCGAGAAGAUCUUCCGUCACGGUAUGGACAUGCUGAGAUCAAAGCGCCACCAUAUCUACGGACAGCACCUGAUUAAGGUCUCACUGUCCCCCUUCGAUAGUAAGCGCUGGAUCGCCGAAGAUGGUGUCCACACUCUGGCUUACGGCCAUAGAGAUGCGGCGCCCGCAGGAUGGGCUGGGAUGGAUGUCCUCAUCGAAGAACUACUAGCGCCGUAG